AUGAAGCCUACAGAUAGCCUCCGCCACCAACUCCUUAAAUACCUCGAAGAGAGAGCAAAUCGAACCUCUUCUACACCCACCGCACCACCACCCUACCCCAACACAACCACUCCAUCAAAUCCAACCCCAAUUCCCAUUCCAAUCAUGUACGCCUCCCGCAACUGGGCCGACUACGACGACGACUACAAUCAUUACUGGGAGGAACCCACCCCAACCGCUACCUCCAUCACAAUCGACUCUUCAAUGACCAUCACCGGCGACAAGAACACCGUCACCUUGUCCUCGCCACGAGCUGGUUCUCUGGCGAGCGAAACCACUGCACCAGUCAUUGAGACCACCACUGUCAAUGCUGGCACCCAUGUCAAGGGUGUCGGCCACGGUCAGGAUCAAAUGAUGGGCCAUCUCGCCAGCACCAUCAUCAACGCCCUCAAGGCGCAGGGCCUGACCGAAGAAAAGGGCCGCAAGCGCCCUAUUACCAUCGAACUCAAGCGCGGUAUUACCAUAAAGGGCAUUGACAAUGAGGUCCGGAUUGGGGGUGCCAGAUCACCUGUGAAAGCGGGCUUCUAUGAUGAUGGGGGUGAGGGUGAUACCAUCCGUUCUGCAUCGGUGGUGUCGCGGGGCACUCAGUCGGAGUGGGGAGAUGUCGAGCAGGGCGCGGAGGAGGAUACUGGGGUGACUGCUGACGAGUGCAGCCCGCCGCCUGCUAAACGUCGUCACCUCUGGUGA